GGACGGAUUUAGCGGGUGCUGCAGUGAGUGUCUGUGAGUGAGUGUGGAGGGAGCUACAGCUGAGCUGUGGAUUAAAUAAGUGCAGAAGACUGGUUAAACUCGGCGCUGAGCGGCUCUCUCUCUGUACAGACCCGCCUGGGCGCAGGUAGGCGGUCAGCAUGUCGGUGUCGAGGGAAAAGGGCAGCUCGAUAUUCAGCGGGUUCCGGGCGCUCGGACUGUACUCCAGCCAUCUGCCGCACGUGGUCCGUUUCCAUAAGAAGCACCGGGAGUUCUAUGUGGUGACAGCGGUGGGACAGUGCUUCCACACCUAUAAUGUAAAGAAGCUUGGAAUCGUAUCUGUUAGCAAUGCCCUCUCUGAAGACAUUUCAUGCCUCGCUGCUGACCGAAUGCUUGUCUAUGCUGCAUAUGGAAAAGUUAUCUCAGCUUUUGCAAAGAACAGAGAGGUUGUCCACACCUAUAAAGGCCACCAGGCUGAUGUUCACUUACUGCUGCCGUUUGGAGAUCAUCUCAUUUCAGUGGACAAGGAAAGUGUUGUCAUCAUCUGGGACGUGGAGUCAGAAGAUACGUACCUGCAAAUUUCAUUUGAUAAAGCAUCAUUUGAAGUUAGUGCUGUCAUGCAUCCGAGCACCUACCUGAAUAAAAUUCUGUUUGGAAGCAGUCAAGGAAGUCUUCAGUUAUGGAAUGUCAAGUCAAAUAAACUUCUCUUCACUUUUCCUGGAUGGGCAUGUGCAGUUACUGUUCUUCAGCAGACUCCAGCUGUGGAUGUGGUUGGAAUAGGUUUGGCUUCUGGACAGAUCAUCAUACACAACAUCAAAUUCAAUGAAACAUUGAUGAAGUUUCAACAAGACUGGGGUCCCAUCACUGCCUUAUCAUUCCGAACAGAUGGUCAUCCAGUAAUGGCUGCUGGAAGUCCUGUUGGCCACAUAGGAUUGUGGGAUUUGGAAGAAAAGAAGCUGAUGGGUCAGAUGAGAGAUGCACACACCACAGCUAUUGCUGGCCUCACUUUUCUGCACAGUGAACCGCUCCUAAUCAGCAACGGAGCCGACAACGCCAUUCGGGUAUGGAUUUUUGACACUCCGGGAGGGGAAGGACGUUUACUGAGAUUUCGAAUGGGACACAGUGCACCGCCCACCAAGGUCCAGCACUACGACCUGAGUGGGCAACACAUUUUAAGUGCUGGGCAGGAUGGUACCCUGCAGUCCUUUUCUACUGUUCACGAGAGGUUUAAUAAGAGCUUGGGACGAGGAUCUCUAAACAAAGCCAAGUCCAAAAAGAAGAGUGUGCUGUACGACACAGCGAAACUCCCACCAAUCACUACGUUUGCGUCAGAGAGCGCUCGUCAGAGUGACUGGGAUGGCAUAGUAGCUUGUCACCAAGGUUUUCUCGUCACCACCACCUGGAACUAUCAGAAAGGAUCCAUGGGAGCUCACAAACUGGAACCAGAGCGUUUUAACAAGAACCGUGCCCUCAACGUUCAUGCUACGGCUGUAGACAUCAGUUCCUGUGGCAACUUUGCGGUGGUUGCGCUGUCCUCAGGACACAUUGACGCAUACAACAUACAGUCAGGCUUUCACAGAGGACAAUUUGGAAAAGACAGCGCACACUCUGGGCCAGUGAGAGGUGUAGCUGUUGACGGACUCAACGAGCUUGUGGUCAGCGCUGGAGCCGACCGACUGCUGAAGAUCUGGAAGUUCAAAUCCAAAGAGCUUUUACACACAGACAGCCUGCCCUCAUCUCCUGCCUCCACACUGUUACACAGAGACAGUGGGAUGCUGGCUAUUGCUCUGGACGACUUCACCAUUAGUAUCUUGGACAUGGAAACAAGGAGGACUGUACGGCGGUUCUGUGGCCAGCGGGGACAGGUUAAUGAUAUGACCUUUAGCCCUGAUGGACGGUGGUUAAUAGUGGCCUCUAUGGACUGCACUAUCAGAACAUGGGACCUUCCCUCCGGCAGUUUGGUCAACUGUUUCCUGGUAGACUCCGCAGCCGUCAGCAUCAGUUUCUCUCCCACGGGGAACUUCCUUGCCUCCUCCCAUGUUGACUGUCUGGGUAUUUAUUUAUGGUCCAACAACACACUGUGUAGUUUGGUGUCUUUGUGCCCUCUACCUGCAGACUAUGAACCUUCAGUGGUGAUGCUGCCUGGCACCUGCCCAAGCAAAGAUGAUGAAGAGGUGGAUACAGAUGUUGAGAGCUUGGAGAUGGCGGAGUAUGUGUCUCCAGCACAGCUGGACGAACAGCUUAUCACACUGUCUUUACUACCCGAGUCACGCUGGAAAAAUCUCCUAAACCUGGACAUAAUCAAGAAAAGGAACAAACCAAAGGAGCCCCCUAAAGUACCUAAGGCAGCCCCCUUCUUCAUCCCAACCAUUCCAGGACUUGUGCCUCAGUUCGGCCAAGUCGAAACCCCUUCAGAAGAACAGUCCAAGGUGGUGAAUCUGGGAAUGCUGGCACAGAAGUCAAGUUUCUAUCUCCAGCUUGAAGGAGCACUAGAGACUAAUCUCUAUGAAGGUGCAGUGCAGUUCCUGAAGGAGUUGGGCCCGUCUGCUAUUGACACAGAGCUGCGAAGCCUGGCACCGGACAUGGGCGGAGAUAUUCGUGUCAUGCAGAGCUUCCUCAAGAUGAUUGGCACCAUGCUGCAUCUGAAGAAAGACUUUGACUUGGCUCAGGCCUACCUAGCGCUCUUCCUCAAGCUGCACCUGCAGUUAAUAGCAGAACAACCUAUACUAAUGGAGGAGGCAGAGAGAAUACUAGAACAGUUGGAGGAGACCUGGAUCUCCAUGCAGAGCCUCCUGAAUCAGAGCAUGUGUCUCCUCUCCUACAUUAAGAGUGCUUUGCUGUAGAGGACCGUUCUUAAUUUACUGUCUUAUUUUUUAUUUUUUUAUAUAUAUAUGUGAAGAAAUUUCCAAGUGCCCACGAUGUAUUAAAAAAUACAAAGUACAACCAAA